CGUGUCUUCACAACAAUGUCCACCAAAGCAGUUCUCGCGUUCGCCGCCGUGUUGUCCGCCGCGUGUGUGGCGGCCGCGCAGUCGCAGGAGAGGCCGGCCACCAAUGAGCCGCAGUUCGUGUCGCGCGGAGGAAAGCGCGUCGUGAAAGAGGGCGAAGACAUCGACCUUGACUGCGAAGUCCACGACCUGGGCGAAUUCGUGAUUCUCUGGAAGUUCAACAAAACGCAAGUUCUGUUCGCCGGAAACCUUCGUAUCCAUAGAGACGACCGCAUCUCGCGCGACGACCAGAAGGGCUCUCUGCGCGUCAAGCAGUUCCGGCCGGAGAACGCCGGCGAAUACUCUUGUCAGAUCUCGACGAAUCCCCCGAAAGACAUUGUCUACAACGUCGCCGUCAUUGGUCCGCCGCAGAUCCGCGCCUUCCCUUCACAACCGCUGAUUGCGGUCCAGAAGAACGACUCCUUCGCUUUGAGGUGCGACGCCGCGGACGUGCAGCGCGUGGAGUGGCGCCGAACCAAAGUAAGCGCAAUUGCAACCACCCUUCCCCUCAUUCUAAUGCCGUUCCCACAGGAGGACCGCGUUCUGGCCGUCGGCCACGAGUUCGUGCGCGAGAGGGCGCUGCCCGCGGACACAGACGUCUACGAAUGCUCAGCCGUGAACGCGAUCGGCCAAUCGUCGCACGCCUUCAAAGUUCAAGUUUUACACGAACCGGAAGUGCGCGCCGUCGCGGCCCGCGUGCACGCGCCCAUUGGCCAGAGGGCGCACAUCACGUGUUCCAUCAGUUCGGAGCCUUCGGCGUCGGUGUUUUGGAAGAAAGGAAACGAGAAAUUGAAUUCGAAUUCUGACUAUCGGUUCGAAACGCGCAACAAUGCGACCAUUUUAUUCAUAAAAAGCGUGUCGCGCGAGCACUACGACAACUACACGUGUUUCGCCAACAACUCGUUGGGCGCCGCGUCCGCCGUCGUCGACGUCUCGGGCCGUCCGUCCGCCCCCCGCUUCACCAGCGCUGCCGUGGGCGGCGCCCACACCAGAUAUCUUCUGGAAUGGAGUCUCGAGUCUCAAUCGCCGAUCUCUUCCUACGAUCUCACGUUCAGACGGGUGGACGUGGCGGACGUGUGGCGCACCAUCCAAGUGCAGCCCAGCGCGCAGACGACGACUGACGGCGUCGUGGAGCGGAAGGAGACGUAUUUGCUGGAGAACCUGACGCAAGACGGCAACUAUGAGGUGACGCUCGCGGCCCACAACGAGUUCGGCGCCACGACGUCGCACGUGUUCGCGUUCGUCACGUCGGCGGCUGCGCAGCACUCAUCACUCUUCAUCGCUUUCAUCGCAAUUGUCAUUUGGUGUGCCUUUCAUUAA